AUGGCCUCUCGGCGCCUCCUCUUGGUUGGGGAGGGGAACUUCUCCUUCGCCGCCGCUGUGAGUGAGACCCUGGACCCGAGCACUAGCCUCACGGCCACCUGCCUGCAGAGCCCCGCCGACCUGGCGGGGGACCCGAUGGCCCGGGAGAACCUGCAGCGCCUGCGCGAGCGAGGUACAAGGAUACAUUUUGGUGUGGACUGUACCCGCCUGGCAGAUGCCUUUGAACAGCACGACAGGGAGUUUGAUCGAAUCUGUUUUAACUUCCCGCACUGUGGCCGCAAAGCUGGAGUAGCGAGGAACAGGGAACUGCUUGCCAAGUUCUUCCGGAGCUGUGCAGAUGUUCUUGCAGAGGAAGGAGAAAUCCAUGUGGCAUUGUGUAGAGGACAAGGUGGGACUCCUGCUGAUAAUCCCACAAGAGAAUGGCACAACAGUUGGCAAGUGGUUGCCAUGGCAGCUCUAGGCGGAUUCAUUUUAAGUGAUGUGCAUCCCUUCAGCUGUGAGGCUGUGCCAGGGUACAAGUGCACUGGAUAUAGAAGUCAAGAUAAGUCAUUUCAUGUAGAAGGUGCUUUGAACCAUAUCUUCACCCGGAGCUUACCCUUUAAAGGUUCACAACCGAGAAUCUUCAGGGUCAAACUGGGUGACCAGUGGUUUUCUUUUCCAGAACCAGAAGCGCUUGUAGGAAAGUUGAACAGGGGUUUCCUAGAAGCAUCUUCCUGUCAUCCGAUCAAAACCAUAAAUGAGAAACUGAUUUCUGAACUGGGCAAAGCUUUCCCUCUAAAAAGGCUGAAGUGUUCUUUCCCUUUGCUGCCCCCUGGAGAAGCCAGUGUUCUCACUUCCUGGAACUGUGACAUUCUGUCAACUGUCUUUUGGAUUCAUCUCCUCGAGGAUAACUCAAAUUCUGAGUCCCUGACUGGUGGGACAACAGAAGACAUGGAGGACUUUCUAGCGUCACUUUCCGAACUUAGCUUUCCUAAGGAAGAAGCUCCUGAAGGAAUCUAUGCCCAAGCCAAGAUCUGGCUUAGACCUUCUCUCCUAGUUCAUGUUCAGGCUGUCAUCCAAGCACCAGACUUCCUCCCAGGAUCUUUGUACAUCCUCAGUGGACCUGUCUUUCAGAAGUGCCACAUCUUACCUUUCACAAUGCCAGCAUUUCACGAGACUUUAUUUAUCCUUGGGUUCAAUAAAAAUCUGAAGGAUGACUGUCUUCAGUCACUACUGAGCCACCUGAAGGGCAUUCUAGAUAGCCUUCUGACUCAGACAUUGCUAGAGGGUUCUAAACUGAGCAAUUCAGUAGAAUUUGUCCUUCAACCAAAUGGGAAAGAUUAUAUGAUUAAUGUGAAGUCUCAUAAUUUUGGCCCAGAUUGUGCCAAGGAUCUAAGUAUUGGGUCUGUUACCACAUCUAUUCCAAGCAUUAUACAUGAAGAACGGUGUUUUGUGUUUGUAUCUGUGAACUUGGACCUAUUAGCCAUGCUUGUCUGGGGUAUCUCUGACUGGAGGAUGUUGUGGACCUUUGAUAAACGUUUUCUGAAGAAUUUUGUCUCAGAGAAAAUAGAACCCUUUAAAAGUUAUUCCCUGUAUCCUCCAAGAUAUGUGCAUGAUAUUAGUUUUUGGUUAGAUGAGAAAAAAGGAUUUGAUGAACUAGAGUUUCACACUGUGGCCCGAGCAGUGUCCCAAGACACUGUCAUAUCCAUACAGUUUCUUAGUCGUUUUCAGCAUCCCAAGACUAAACAGGUCAGUCUCUGCUAUAGAAUGACCUACCAGACCUGUGACAAAGCCCUUACCCAGCAGCAGGUAGCAUCAAUGCAAUCUCAGUUUAGGAAAGAGAUUCAACGACUACAUGUGACACCUCGGUAG